AUGCUUUCCGAACUUCCAACAGAGCUCCUGCUCUGGAUUUGCGGAUCUCUACAAAAAAAGCACAUCCUGACGCUACGCCUGGUCUGUGAACGAUUUCGUUCGGUUUUCACCGAAGCGCUCUUCCGAUGCCUCAUGCGUGACAAAGUCCCACCACUCCAUCGAGCCGUGACAGCUCAAAGACUGGACAUUGCAGCGCUCUUCAUUGAAAAAUACCACGCGGAUAUCGAUUGCCUGUACGCUGGCAAGCAUGCGCUCCUUGUAGCGAUUGACCUGCGAUACCCACAGGCCGUGGAUUUGAUAUUGCAAUAUCGGCCCAACGUUCGCUAUUGCUGCGACUUUGGAGAUCGAGGGCCCCUGUCACUUGCUGUGAUCGGCGGAAAUGCUGCUAGCGUUGAGCGGAUUCUUCAGUCUCAGGAGAUUGAUGUCAACGAUCGAUGCUCAGACGGACUGUCAGCCCUAGCAUACGCGCUGAAGCAUCGCGAGUACUAUCUGCUACAACUCUUACUUGCCGAUUCUUGA